CCUAGCUUUGUUUACUCUCCGGGCAGCCCUCUGCUCUGGUUCUUGGUGCUCUUUUUUCUCCUUUUCUUCCUCUCCUCCUCCUCUUCUUCUCUUCCUCACCGCCGGCUCUUCCUCUUCACCGCCUUCUUCGCCUUCUUUCUUCCCCCCGACGCUCCCUUUGUUCCCCCCUUCACUCCUUACUCCCGCCCACUGUCGCUCAUUUUUCUCUUCGCGGGCUCCCCCUUUGUCUUUCCUUAUCUGCCCUUCCUCCGCCGCUACUCGCUCCCGGACCCAAUCAGCCUCUUUUCCUAAUCCGCCUUCCUGCUACUCAAUCGAAUCAUGAAGUGCUCCGCCAUCGCCCUCUCGGCCCUCCUCGCCCUCGGUCUCGCGCCCGCUGCCGUCGCCCAGCCUGUCGACAUCGCCCGUCGCCACGCACACAACCUCCACGCCCGCGCCCCCGUCCCCGACGACGUCGUCAUGGUCACCGUCCAGGCUAUUGUCACCGCCCAGGCCUACCAGAACGACGACGGUGUCGUUGUCGUCACCCAGAUUGUCGACGCUGACGGCAACCCCAUCGACACUGCCACCUCGACCUCCUCCACCGCCGAGCCCACCACCACCUCGACCUACUUCUCCACCACCACCUCCAACACCUACGUCCCCUCCCCGACCUCCUCGGUCUCCGUCAAGGCCGCCGUCCUCGCCGUCGAGUCCUCGACUUCUUCGGCUUCGCCUACCUCGACCUCUGUUUACGUCGCGCCUACCUCCACCGUCGUCUCGGUCUCUUCGUCUUCGACCUCGUCCUCGUCCUCCUCGUCGACCACCCUCAAGACCUCGACCACUUCUUCUUCGUCGGCCGCUGCCUCUUCCACCUCCUCCUCCGGCUCGUUCUCGUCCGCCGCUCUUGGCAUCACCUACUCGCCCUACACUUCCUCGGGCGCCUGCAAGACCGCGGACGAGGUCGCUUCCGACCUUGCCGAGCUCACCUCCUACUCCGUCAUCCGUCUCUACGGUGUCGACUGCUCGCAGGUUGAGAACGUCUACCCUGCUCUUGCCGAUGGACAGAAGCUCUUCCUUGGUAUCUUCGACGUCACCGCUCUCGACUCUGCCAUCUCGACCAUCGCCGCUGCCGUCUCUGACUGGGACACCAUCCACACCGUCGCCAUCGGUAACGAGCUCGUUAACGGCGGCUCUUACACUGCCGACGAGGUUGUCACUUACCUGAACGCCGGCCGUACCGCUCUCCGUGCUGUUGGCUACACCGGACCCGUUGUCACCGUUGACACCCACGUUGCCAUCCUUGCCAACCCUACCCUCUGCACCAACUCUGACUACCCUGCCUUCAACGCUCACUCUUUCUGGGACGGCACCACUCUUCCCGAGGAUGCCGGUACCUGGCUCGAGCUCCAGGUGUCGCGUGUUAACGAUGCCUGCGGCAGCUCUGACGCUAUCUGCACCGAGUCUGGCUGGCCUACCCAGGGUGACGACUUUGGAGUCGCCGUUCCUUCUACCGCUAACCAGAAGACUGCCAUCUCUGCUAUCGAGAGCUCUGUCGGUGCCAAGGUUAUCGAGUUCACUGCUUUCAACGACUUGUGGAAGAGCCCUGGUGACUACAACGUUGAGCAGUACUGGGGAAUUCUCGAUUAACUACGUCAGUAGUUAUUUGAGCUUGAGCAGUACUGGGAAUCUCGAGUAACUACAUCGGUAGUUAUUUGAGUAGGAUAGGUGUUUCUCCUUUUAUUUUUUAUUUUUCUAUGAAUGUGUUACUCGUGAAGACAAGAGGAAUUGGAUUUCUUAAUGGCGUCAAAUGAGUAAGAGAGUUGAAUGAAUACCGAGAUGAUCUGAGUGUUUAGAAAUAUCUUUUUUAUUUCUGUUAUCUAUUAUCUAUUAUCUACUUUGUCUACUGAUAUCUAUUGAGAUGUGCUAUCUAUGUUUGUUAUGUUGGGAUUUAUCUCGCCAAUUGAUUAUGCGUUAGUAAACAGUGAUAGUAGUGAUGUAGUUGACCAAAUGAGCUUUCUCGAACAAAGUAAACAAACAUGAUGUAAG